CAGAGUCCGUUUGCGCCGAGUCCUACCGGCCCCCUGCAUAUGGGAGGCGUCCGCACGGCGCUGUACAACUACCUUUUCGCGCGCCAGCACGGCGGCGACUUUAUCCUUCGCAUCGAAGACACCGAUUCGCACCGAUUCGUACCGGGAGCGGAGAGCUAUAUCAUGGAGUCGCUCAAAUGGUGCGGCAUCACGAUCGACGAAGGCAUCAACGAGGGAGGCCCUCACGCCCCGUACCGCCAGAGCGAGCGCAAAGAGAUCUACCUGAAAUACGCCUUGCAACUGGUCGGAUCGGGCGACGCUUAUUACGCUUUCGACACGCCCGACGAACUGAACGCGAUCCGCGCGGAAGCCGAAGCAGCCGGCAAAACGUUCGCGUACAAUUACGAAGUGCGCACCCGCUGGCCACUGGGUGAUCCGUUUCAAAAUGCCCGAAAACGAGGAGGUGCGGAUGCACGACCUGAUUCGCGGCGACGUGACGGUACACACUUCGACGCUGGACGACAAGGUGCUCUACAAAUCGGCCGAUGCGCUGCCGACCUACCACCUGGCCAACAUCGUCGACGAUCACCUGAUGGAGAUUUCGCAUGUGAUUCGCGGCGAAGAGUGGCUGCCGUCGCUGCCGUUGCACUACUUGCUGUACCGCGCGCUCGGCUGGAGCGACACGCAGCCCGAAUUCGCCCACCUGCCGCUGCUGCUGAAACCUACCGCGGCGGCAAGCUGAGCAAGCGCGACGGCGACAAGAUGGGAUUCCCGGUAUUCCCGCUGCAAUGGACGUCGCCCGAAGGCGAGACCUCGCACGGCUACCGCGAAGACGGGUAUUUUCCGGAAGCAUUCGUCAACAUGCUGGCACUGCUGGGCUGGAAUCCGGGAACCGACCAGGAGAUCUUCUCGAUGGACGAACUGAUCGGCGCCUUCUCGCUCGAACGCGUCAGCAAGAGCGGCGCCCGUUCAACCCGGAAAAAGCGCACUGGUUCAACGCCCAGUACCUGCACGCCAAAUCCGAUGCGGAACUGGCCGCGCUGUACGCCCGAUCCUGAAGGCGAAAGGGGUGGACGCCCGGCCGCCAAAACGGCCCGGGUGAUCGCGCUGAUCAAACAGCGCGCGACAUUCGUCAGCGAUUUCUGGAAUCUAACCUCGUUCAUGUUCGUCGCGCCGGAGCAAUACGACCCAAAUCGACCGCCAAAUUCUGGAAAGGCGAAAAUCCGACGCGGAUCGCAGCACUGCGGACGCUGCUGGCAGGGAUCGACGACUUCUCGAAAGAGAACACCGAAAAAAUCGUAUUCGAAUGGAUCGCGCAAAACGAAUAUCCGAUGGGACAGGUGA